UAGCGUCAGCACCUGAUAAUGUUAUAUAUGCAAUCUGCGCGUCGCUAUUGUGAAUGCCAAAACCGUUCGGUCCUAUCAUCUCAACAGAGCCACGGCACCGGCACCGGCACCGGCACCGCAGAUCUAAGACCCGACAUGCCUCCCAACCGACAUCAUAUCAACGAAGCUGAAAUGCCGCUGCUCGACGCUGAUGUCGUUCCAGCCUCCCUCGACUUCAAAGGCCGCCCCUCCGUCCGCUCCAAAUCCGGUUGCUGGAGAGCGGCUUUCUUCAUCUUAGUGGUUGAAAUGGCUGAGAGAACUGCUUACUACGGAAUAAGUUCCAACAUGCUGAGCUAUUUAACGGGGGAGUUAGGGCAAACCACCGCCGCAGCGGCGGCGAAUUUGAAUGCGUGGUAUGGAACGGCUUCUCUUACGCCUAUUCUCGGUGGUUUCCUCGCCGACUCAUUUCUCGGCCGGUACUGGACAACUGUCUGGUCAUCUCUGCUUUAUAUAUUGGGGCUUGGUUUCCUGACAGUGUCAGCUGCACUUACUUCUUCAUCGGACUCAUUUGCGUGCACUCAUCUGUCCCUGUCGUGUUCUCAGCCUUCGUUUCGGACAGUAUUCUUCUUCGUGUCUUUGUAUUUGGUUGCCUUUGCUCAAGGUGGUCUUAAGCCUAGCAUAACUGCUCUCGGGGCCGACCAGUUCGACAAAGAGGAUGAAAAGGAGUUGCAAGCACAAAGCUCUUUCUUCAACUGGCUCUACUGGUUCACUUGUCUGGGCAUUCUGUUGGUGCUUUUGGUUGUCAAUUCCAUUCAAGAGUAUCUAAGCUGGGAAGUCGGUUUCGGAAUCCCUACUUUAUCCAUGUGUAUUGCGCUCAUUGUUUUCUUGCUCGGAACUAUGACUUACCGAUUCAUUACAAAGCCCACAAUUGCAAUUGCAGCAGCAUCUGAUGAGCUCGAAGCUCAGCAAUUUGUGCCUCAGGAACAAGUUGAAUUCGAGUCUUUGAGGAAAGGAUUACUCCUGUGCCGCCAUGAUGAUACAGCAAAGGUAUUUGGCAAGGUUAUGGAACGAGCCAAGGCAGUUUUUAAGCUCAUCCCUAUAUGGUGCACAUGUUUAGGAUACUCCAUCGUGUUUGCGCAGCCGUCAACGCUCUUCACUAAGCAAGGAGCUACAUUAGACCGGCGCAUCGGAUCCAAUUACGAGCUACCGGCUGCGUCCCUUCAGCUUUGGAUCAUCACCCCGAUGAUGGUAUUUAUCCCAAUCUACGAUCGCAUUCUUGCUCCCAUUGCCAAAGCCGUAACCAAAAGGCCAUCCGGUCUGCCGAUGCUCCAAAGAAUAGGAAUUGGACUCUGCCUCUCCUUCAUAUCCAUAGUGAUCGCAGCAGUUGUAGAGAGGAAGCGCCUUGCUACGGCACGCGAACACGGGCUUAUGGACAGGCCUGAUGCGGUGAUCCCGAUGAGCGUGUGGUGGCUGGCGCCGCAAUACAUGCUGUCGGGACUGGGUGAUGUUUUCACGAUGGUUGGACUGGAGCAAUUCUUCUACGAUCAAGUCCCCAGUGAAAUGAAGAGUAUAGGUGUUGCACUGGACAUGAGCAUUAUGGGGGUAGGAAGCUUACUGAGCAGCCUCCUGGUGUAUGUUGUGGAUAAGGUGAGCAGGGGGGUCAGUAAUGGUGGUGAAGGGGGGUGGUUCUCGGACAACCUGAACAGGGCACAUCUUGAUUACUUUUACUGGGUGUUGUCUGCACUCAUGGACGCUGAAACUCCGUUCCUGGACGACGUCGUGCGGGGCUGUGUUAACUUCAAUGGCCUCCCAUCUGAACGGUCAAAGUCCGGCAGCUGGAAAUCCGCUUCUUUUAUCAUAGGCGUUGAAGUGGCUGAGAGAUUUGCUUAUUACGGAAUAAGUAUGAAUUUGAUAAGCUACUUGACGGGGCCGUUGGGGCAGUCGAUGGCCACCGCGGCGGAGAACGUCAAUGUGUGGAACGGAGCAUCGACGCUUCUGCCGCUGCUCGGCGCUUUCGUCGCCGACUCUUUUCUAGGGCGAUACCGUACCAUCAUCAUUGCCUCUCUGCUCUACGUCUUGGGUCUUGGUUGCUUGACUCUGUCAGCUGCAUUUCAUUCAUCAAAUACUUCCCGUUGCAAUGGCGUUGACUCAGAAUGUUCCCCUCCUUUUCCAGAAGUCUUCGUCUUCUUUUCCUCUUUGUAUCUGGUUGCCUUUGCACAGGGAGGGCAUAAGCCUUGUGUACAAGCCUUUGGUGCUGAUCAGUUUGAUGAGAAUGACAGAAUUGAGUGUAAGGCCAAGAGCUCAUUCUUCAAUUGGUGGUAUUUUUCGAUGAAUGGAGGUAUAUUAGCAGCUACGUUGAUUUUGAUUUACAUUCAAGAAAACCUCAGUUGGGAGCUUGGCUUUGGGAUCCCCUGCAUUUUCAUGUGUUUUGCAUUGUUUACCUUCCUACUUGGCUCCAAGAGUUACCGCUUUCGUAUCAAUAAUGAUGAAAGGAAUCCGUUUGUUAGAAUUGGUUCGGUGUUUGUGAAAGCUGCAAGAAAUUGGAAGGCUCCAAGUCAACCUCAUGUAGGGACCAAAUUCGAGUUUCUGGACAAAGCAUUGGUUGCACCUGAUGGCUCCUACAAAGAAACAAAUGAAUGUAGCAUACAAGACGUUGAGGAUGCUAAGGUUCUUCUUAGAUUUGUUCCAAUAUGGCUGUGUUGCUUAGGAUACGCCCUUGUCUACUCCCAAGGUUCGACUCUGUUCACCAAACAAGGUUCUACAAUGGAACGAUACAUCACCCCUGGGUUUCAAAUCCCUGCAGCUUCACUGCAGGCCUUUAUUUGCUUAUCCAUUGUCAUCCUCGCUCCCAUAUACGACCUUGUUUUGGUCCCAAUUGCUCGAGCUGUAACCAAGAAAGCUGCAGGCAUAUCGAUGCUCCAGCGAAUCGGAACAGGCAUAUUUUUUGGCUUUCUUUCAAUGGUAGCUGCAGCGCUUAUUGAGAAGCGGCGCCUUGCAACGGCGGUGAAAUAUGGGAUUGUGGACGAACCAAUGGAAACAGUGCCGAUGAGCAUAUGGUGGUUGGUGCCCCAGUACGUGCUCAUGGGCAUUGCUGAUUUAUUCACAAUGGUUGGUCUCCAGGAGUUCUUCUAUGAUCAAAUUCCCAAUGAGCUGAAAAGCAUUGGCCUUGCUUUGUAUCUUAGUAUAUUUGGCGCAGGCAGCUUCUUGAGCAGCUUUCUGAUAUCUGUGAUCGAGAAGGCGACCGGUGGAGAUGGGCGAGACAGCUGGUUUUCCGACAAUUUGAAUCGGGCACAUCUUGACUACUUUUAUUGGCUACUGGCUGGCCUUAGCGCUCCUACAAUGGCUGCUUUUGCAUACUUUGCAAGCACCUACGUUUACAACAAGAAAGAGAUUGUUGGGGUUUCGGAGGUAUGGGUCUUGCGGUGGUGACAAAGUGGCAAGUGCGAUGUCUGUCUCGGAGGGUGAGAUCUCGGUCGCUGUCGCCGAGGCUCUACUGCCGAACUAUGUUGUCAGACUGCGUGUUGACUUCCAUGGUCGACCCUCGGUCCGUUCAAGCUCAGGCGGCUGGAAAUCUGCCUUCUUUAUCAUAGGUGUUGAGAUCGCGGAUAGGUUAAAUUAUUACGGCGUAAGCUCGAACCUUGUGAACUAUUUGACGGGGCCGUUGUGCCAAUCCACCGCCACGGCGGCGUUUUUGCCCCUUGUAGGGGCUUUCGUCGCUGAUUCGUAUUUGGGCAGAUACAGAGUGAUAGUCCUUUCGUCUCUGCUCUUCAUCUUGGUUAGUGUUUUAACCAGGAAUUUCCGUUGAAGCUCUAUCCAUGGCUAUCGAUCCAUCCAGUGAUUGGCGUUGGCGUUGCUCAAAUCAACUGGUUCUGGAUUUGUAUGAUAAAUGUAGUGUGAUGCUGAUGGAUGAUGUUCCUUAUCUUCCUUCAUUUGUACGACGUUGGAUGGCAGGCACUAGGAUUCUUGUCCCUAUCAGCAACACUCUGAUCAAGACAAGAUGUUGUGCCCCUCAGUUUCAUGUAAUCGUCUUCUAUGUCUCCCUGUAUAUGCUUGCAUUAGCCCAAGGAGGACAUAAGCCAUUAUCCAUGCUUUUGGUGCUGACCAGUUUGAUGAGGAAGAUGGAAAGGAGAGCAAAGCAAAAAGCUGGUUCUUCAACUGGUGCCAUUUUGGCAUCAGUGCAAGCAUAUUGGUUGGCACUACAUUCAGGACAACCUGAGUUGGAGACUCAGUUAUGGAAUCUCUUGCAUCACUAUGUGUCUUGCUCUACUUGGUGUUUUUGCUUUGUUCCAGGACCUAUCGAUUUACCAUCCAAGUCGAUGAAAUCAACCCCUUUGUGAGCAUUGGCAGGGUUUUCGUCAUUGCAACUAGAAAUAGGAGAGACUGAAAUCCGUUGGUGCAGAAGAUCUCAAGGUAACGUUGAGUCAAUAAUAGUAGUAAUAAUCAUCAUCAUCGUCGUCUUCUUGUUCUUGUUCUUGUUCUUGUUCUUGUUUCUGGGGUUGGGAUUGAUUGCCUGAAAGUGAUUUAAUUGCUCGUAAGAUUAGGAAACGUCCACAUGUCGUUUUUUAUAUGUUGUAGUAUAUCUUUCCUGGAUGGACUUUGGUAUAAUUAAAAUAAUAAUAAUAAUAAUAAUAAUGAGAUGAUAAAUUGGCCAACGGUUCGGACAGAGUGACAUGUCUUGUAACGUUAUAAGAAGAAGAGUACGUUAGUCGCUUGUCCUACCCAACACGACACCUCACUC